AGCCCUUGUGUUUUUUUGCUUUUUACCAAGGGAGCAUCUUUGAGGUAAGAUCUCAUCAUUUAGAUAAGACUUCUUUUUAUUCGGCUUUUAUGCACUCUUCUUCACGGCUUAGACUGGUUAUUAUUCUUCUACUUUCCAAAGGGAACAUGGUGAAUUACGAAGUGACCGUCUUUACUGGAAACCGCGCCGAGGCCACAACUUUGAAUAAUGUCUUCAUUAAGCUGGUGGGCACUGAUGGGGAGAGCAAACGCAAGUGGCUGAUGGGCUUAAAAGGGGCCUCGGCGUUCAUCAGAGGAGCAGUGUCCAGCUUUAACAUCUGCUGUCCUGCAUCACUUGGGGAACUGGUUCUGAUACAGCUGGACAAACAGCGCCUGCCACUUUUCCCAGAAGACUCUUGGUUCCCCGCCAAGGUAGAGGUGAAAUCCCCCGAGGGAAACAUCUACAGGUUUCCCAUCCACGGCUGGAUCAAUAACAGCAAUACACAUUACUUCAGAGAGGGAACAGCUCUUAAAGUCUUUGAGGACACCCAUCACCUCGGAGCUUAUAGUCGCCUACAGGAGAUGAAGAAGCGUGAGCAGGACUAUAACUGGGCUGUUUACAUGGAGGGAAUGCCCCACUGCAUCAAGGCUGAUAACCCUCUAUCUCUGCCUUGUGAGGUCAUGUUCUCUUUCACCAAGGCUUCAGAGUUUGCGUUCACAGCUUCCACAGGUCUGGUAGAGCUGAAACUGAAGGGACUGGCUGAUUGCAAGAAGCCGUGGACUGAUAUUGACUCUAUCAGUCGUGUGUUCUGGUGCAAACAGACUGAAAUUUCAGAGUAUGUUGAGGAACACUGGAAGGAGGACGCUUUCUUUGGCUACCAGUUCCUGAACGGUGUCAACCCCAGAUUGAUCCGUCGCUGCUCUGCUCUGCCCAGUAACUUGUCUGUCACUGAUGACAUGGUCUUCCCCAGUGGUCAGUACAGCUUGGCAGAGGAAAUGAAGAAAGGCAACAUCUUCCUGUGUGACUACAGGAACCUGGAUGGAGUCAAAGCAAACACCAUCAAUGGGAAGCAGCAGUACCUGACUGCUCCUCUGGUCCUGCUCCACAGAACCCCUGAUGCUAAGAUGAUGCCACUUGCUAUACAGCUGAAGCAGACCCCAGCAGACAACCCAGUCUUUCUACCCUCUGAUUCUGAGUACGACUGGUUAACGGCCAAGAUCUUUGUGAGGAGUGCAGAUUUCAAUGAGCAUCAGCUCAACACUCACCUGCUGCGAACCCACCUGCUGGCUGAAGUCUUUGCAGUGUCGCUGCUGCGCAACCUGCCGAUGGUGCAUCCACUGUACAAGCUCCUCAUCCCCCACACUCGAUACACUCUGCAGAUCAACUACUUAGCUCGACUGUUCCUAAUAUCGGAGACUGGAGUUUUCACAAAGUUUUCAGCCUCUGGUGGGGAAGGAAUGACCACGAUCCUGAAGAGAUCUCUGUCCUCGAUGACCUACAGCUCCCUCUGUUUACCAGAGGACAUUGCUGAGCGAGGACUGGAGGCUGUGCCAAACUUUUACUACAAGGAUGAUGGACUCAGACUUUGGGAAAUCAUACACAGGUUUGUUGAGAGAGUCCUAGGCCACUACUACAAGAGUGACACCGAUGUCCAGAAGGACUCUGAGCUGCAGAAGUGGAUUGGGGACAUCUUUGAACAUGGCUUCCUUUCUCAAGCUAGCACAGGAAUUCCACAGGGAUUUUCCACCAUGACUGAGUUGAACAAGUUCGUCACCAUGGUGAUCUUCACUGGUUCAUGCCAGCAUGCAGCUGUGAACUCUGGACAGUAUGACUAUGGUGGCUGGAUGCCCAACACUCCCAUCACUUUGCAACUUCCUCCACCUACUAGAAAAGGAACAACAAGUGAGGAAACGAUGCUGCAGACAUUUCCUGAUGUCAACACAACAGUUCAGGGCAUGUCCACAAUGUGGCUGCUCAGCAAACAGUCCUCUGACUUUGUUCCUUUUGGUGAGUACCCAGAAGAGCAUUUCACCGAGGAGAUUCCCUGUGAGCUGAUAAAAGAUUUUCAAGCAGAGCUGAAAAAGUUAAGUUCUGACAUCAAAGCCAGAAACAGCACCUUGAAACUCCCAUACCCGUACUUGGAUCCAACAGCGCUAGAGAACAGUGUGGCUAUUUGAGGGUCAGAGGUUGGGACAUCAACUUCACUUCACUCAACUUCAUGAAUAAAGCAAUAAUUGCAAGAACUGCCUGUUCUUUAUUUUUGACGCUAUGAAUGCUUUUUUAUAGUAUAAUGUUUUUAAUACCUUUUUAAGUUUUUGAUUUUUAAAAAUUGAACUUUGGGGCAAUUUUUGGUAAAUGUUAUUGGUUUGAGUAUUUAGAGCCCCACAAAUCCCAUGGUGGGGGUUUAAAAUGUUACUGAUAUCAGAGGAUGAAUCUUUAAAUCAAAAAGACUCUCUAACCUGUUGCCACUGACACAAUUUUUACACGCAUAUAUUUUAAAGCCAACUUUACAUCUUCUCUAUCAACAUUUAAACAGUUCCUGAAAUUUCCCCCUUUGACUGUAAUGUUAUUUUUCCACUCUCAACUGUUAGGUAUGUUGAAAAAAAACAAUCUGCUUGAAAUCAUAAACCUAAGUUAGCUUCAGAUAUUGACUACAUUUUGCUUGCUUUACUUGUGGUUCAGCUAAAUUUGAACAGUAUCCAGCAACAAGCAUUUCAACAUUCCCGGAGCAUUUCUUUUUUCAGAAAAUGCUAUUUUUAAUUCCUUUUUUUAAAUGCUUGCGGUGGAAGGAUUUUUUGUUGAUCAGUUACUUUGCACAGUCUUUCAUUAAACUGUGGUGACAAAUUACAUCCCAAUGAACAUUUUAAAUCGCUUUGUUUUACCCUGCUGUAAUAGACAUGGUAUCAGGAAUUAAUCUAUGAAUAAGUUGCUACUGAUGCUUUUUCUGCAUUAAUAAAUUCUUGUUUUUUGUCAGUU